AUGACAGUGAAGAAGGCCCAGUCUAGUGCUCCGAAGGCAGAUGCAUCCAAGCUUGUAGUCCUCAACGAUCCUCUAAAUGACGAGGAGGAAGAUAUCGAAUACUGUCCUCCUAGGCCUAAGGAUAUCCCAUAUGAAUCCGACAUCUUCCCAGACGGUGUUCUGAACUUUGACGUCCUCAAACCAGAGAAUAGAAUUAAGGGUUAUUACGAUUACUACCACAAUUCCGUCGACGACAAUGGGAUGACCAGAAUUGAAAGGCAGAUGCACGAAUCGCAACAAAGGGCUUUCAAGAAGCUGGACGAACAGGUGAAGAAGGACCUAGAUGAGAUGGACUGGAGCGUCCGUGAUGUCCCUGCCAGCAAACAUGUACUCAAGAAGCAAGCAGCUUCCUUGGGUGGUCAGUCGACCGGUACUGGAGCCAGAAAGCAGUCAAGAAUUGUUGCGAAACCUCCUCCUACAAUCGCAUCCAGAAAGGCUGCUUCCGCACUGUCAAUGGCUACGAAGACGUCAGCUGCACAGCCCAGAAUCAAAGCAAAGCCGGAAAUGGUUCCUGCCAGAGGACCUUUGUCAUUAUUGGGGGCCAAGAAGCCUCUCAGUCAGCAAGCACCGGCGAAACCAACAUCAACAGAAAACAGCGGUGCUCUGGCUGCGUCAAGAAGCACUCUGGGCUACACGAAGGGCCGCUCGGCCUCUUCGAUGGUCCAUGGCCGCAAACCGCAAACCACCAUUGCACCUCUUCCGCGUUCCUUCAGCACUGCAUCCACAGGCUCUGAUACCACGAUCACCCCAGAACGAUAUGCCGAAGGUCAGAGGACCAGUGAGAGCGAGGACUGGAGGCGACUCGAGUUCUUGUCUAUCUUCGACGGAGAGGAUGAUGAUGACGGCCAGCUGGGAUCAGAUCUACCCAUGGAUGAUCUGGAGGAGAAUUUCGAGUUCAAGGUGAACUUCUAA